UGUACGGCCUUUUUUUUUUUUUUUUUUUUUUGAAAUUCUGUUUGGUUUUUUGUUUUUGCCUCUGGUUAUUAUACGGAACCUGCUUCUUUCCUUUUCUUUUUCCCUUUUAGACUUACGGUACGAACCAUGUCACGCAUACGAUUAGCAUGGGGUUAUGGCGAGGAUACGGAAGGGGGGUGUUUACAUGGAUUGGAUCUUUUCCUGCUUAUUCUUUUUUUUUUUGCGAGUGUGCGCUGGAGGCGAAUGCAUAGUCAGCGGGUGGGAACAUAUAUGAGGAAGCAGACAGAUGCUGUAGCCGCAACGGCGCUUGUACACGUAGCGCUCGGCACGGGCAAUACAAACGCUACAUAUCGAAUGCCUUUUCUUGGACACAUUGCUUUCGUUUUCAACUGUACGAUUCUGUAUUCAUUGUUUCGGCAGUGUCGUGUGCGCCGUCUAUGUAUGUGAAUAUAAAUAGAAGAAAACAGCCACCAGCUAGCUAAGCUGUGUUACAAGAAGAAUCGACAAGAAGACCUGGUCCAAGGUCGUGGGG